GUUGCGCCCAGGCGGCGGCUUUAGUCGAAACACUGUUUGGGCAAACUGCAAGAGGCAAAACGCAACGGCAACAUUCACUGCAACAACCGCUUCGCUGGCAAAUUGUGGAUUACGCAACGGCUCAAAGGAAAGUGAAAGCCACAAGUGACCGCAACGGAUGUUGCAUCACAAUUUGCCACUCUGUGCAGCAUCCACUGAAAUCAAGACGAAAUGUUUUACGCCGUGAUCUUCUUUGCAACAAUUGUGCUGCUCUUCCUUAUCAGCGGCACAAGGAAGCCGGACAAGUUUCCGCCUGGUCCACGCUGGUAUCCGAUUGUGGGCAGCGCCCUGCAGAUCUCGCAGCUGCGCAUGCGGCUGGGCAUGUUCUGCAAGGUGAUCGAUGAGCUGGCCAGGCGUUAUGUCAAUCCCUAUGGUUAUUAUGGUCUGAAGAUUGGCAAGGAUAAAGUGGUGAUUGCCUACACAAAUGAGGCCAUCAGCGAGAUGAUGACCAAUGAGGACAUUGACGGCCGUCCGGACGGCAUCUUCUAUCGCCUGCGCACUUUCAACUCCCGCCUGGGCGUGCUGCUCACCGAUGGCGACAUGUGGGUGGAGCAGCGUCGCUUCAUAUUGCGCCACCUGAAGAACUUUGGAUUCGCGCGCAGCGGCAUGGUGGAUAUUGUGCACAAUGAGGCCAGCUGCCUGCUGCAGGAUCUGCGCGCACGGGUGUCAGCGUCGGGCGGCAAGCAGGCGCGGAUUGAGAUGCACGAUCUGACCAGUGUCUAUGUGCUGAAUACGCUGUGGUGCAUGCUGAGCGGUCGACGCUAUGAGCCUGGCUCCGCAGAAAUAACCGAGCUGCUGGAGACGUUCUUUGAGCUGUUCAAGAACAUCGACAUGGUUGGUGCACUCUUCAGUCACUUUCCGCUGCUGCGCUUUAUUGCGCCCGAUUAUUCCGGCUAUAAUGGCUUCGUGGAAAGCCAUCGGGCGCUCUAUGCGUUCAUGGGCAAGGAAAUUGAGCUGCAUCGCAGCACUUAUCGCAAUUAUGAUGAGCCGCGUGAUCUGAUGGACAGCUAUUUGAGGGCCCAGGAGAACAGCGACAGUCCCAUGUUCAGCGAUGAGAGCCUGUUGGCCAUCUGCCUGGAUAUGUUUCUCGCCGGCUCCGAGACUACCAACAAAAGUUUGGGCUUCUGUUUCAUGCAUCUUAUUCGACAGCCGGAGAUACAGGAGCGCGCCUUUGCCGAAAUCAAGGAGGUGGUGGGCCUGGAGCGCAUACCCGAGUGGUCCGAUCGUGCCAAGCUGCCCUACUGCGAGGCAAUCACAAUGGAGGCGGUGCGCAUGUUUAUGCUGCACACCUUUGGCAUACCGCAUCGCGCCAUAUGCGACACUCGCCUGUCUGGCUACGAGAUACCCAAGGACACCAUGGUAAUUGCAUGCUUCCGCGGCAUGCUCAUCAAUGCAGUCGAUUUUCCGGACCCAGAAACAUUCGAUCCGACACGCUAUCUGAUCGAUGGCCAAAUCAAAUUGCCGGAGGCCUUCAAUCCGUUUGGCUUCGGGCGACAUCGUUGCAUGGGCGACUUGUUGGGGCGCCAAAAUCUGUUCAUGUUUACCACAACGCUGUUGCAGCACUUCAAGCUGGUGGCCAUUCCCGGCCAGAUGCCAGAGGAGGUGCCGCUGGAGGGCGCUACGGCGGCAGUGAAGCCAUACGAUGCAAUGCUGGUUCCCAGAUUGUCCUGAGGAGUCCAAAACAAAUGCAUAUUUGAUCAGAAGAUUCAGGAAAAAUCAGAAAAACAUGUGGAAAAUGCAACAUUGCCUACAUAAUAAAGCCGUUAUUUAAUAUCUUAAGAGUUUGUAUCGAUAUAAUAUCGCAAUAAAUCUUUAGUCAAGUUAUCGAAGCAAAA